AGACCGUUUGCCCUAAUUUCACAAUCAUUUGACACUGACCUGUUCAGCGACACAAUGCAGGCCGUUAAGUUGCUCGGACUUCUUGUAUUGAUUUAUACCUUGGAGGUUCAGGCAAAGCCGCCAGAGAAACCAGUUAAGAAACUACCAUUUAAACACACGCCUUUGAAGGAUGUCAAACACAAAGUUACAGAGAAGUCUAAGGCGCACAUUAAGCGGGUGACUCAACCGAAGGCAGAGCCUGCUAAAGACACUAACGAAAUUGAGACGAAGAAGGUAGUUUCGAAUAUCCUCAAAAAGCUUGUACAAAAGGAAAUUCCUGAAAGUCCAUCAAGCUUCAGGCACCAUAACUACGAAGAAAUGACAUGGCUAUUGAAAAAAUACUCCAGGAAAUAUACAAACAUCACUAGACUUUACGAUGUGGGAACCUCGGUGCAGAACCGUAAGCUCUGGGUCAUGGAAAUAUCAGACAACCCUGGAAAGCACGAAGUGAAAGAACCGGAGAUGAAGUAUACUGCAAAUAUUCAUGGCAAUGAGGUAGUAGGUAAAGAGAUGCUUCUGCAUUUGAUCCGCUAUUUGUGCCAUAAUUACGGGGUAAAUAAGCGGAUUACAGACCUAGUGGACAGCACGAGAAUUCACAUUUUGCCGAGUCUAAACCCGGACGGGUACGAGAUGGCGGCACAGAAAACAAAGACCCACACCGGCACAAAGAAUGCUAACGGAGUAGACCUCAACAGGAAUUUUCCAGAUCAGUUCUUUCCAAGUACCACAGGACCCCCACAACCGGAAACUCGAGCUAUUAUGGAUUGGAUAAAGUCGAAUCCUUUCGUGCUAUCGGCGAGUCUCCAUAGCGGAUCACUCGUCGCCAAUUACCCGUAUGAUGAUAACCCGUCGGGUCAAAGCCUGUACAGCGCGACUCCAGAUGAUGACGUGUUCCGACAACUCGCGCGGGCCUAUUCGGAAGCACAUCCCACAAUGCACCUGGCGAACUCGCCCUGGAAAUGCCCCGACAAGCAGCGCGAGCAUUUUAUCGACGGCAUCACUAAUGGUGCAAGAUGGUACAGCAUUUCCGGUGGGAUGCAAGACUACAACUAUGUGCACUCCAACGCGUUUGAGAUCACUCUAGAGCUGGGAUGUGAGAAGUUCCCCAACGCGUCCGCGCUACCGGAGUACUGGGACGAGAACAAGGAAGCGUUGCUAGGAUACAUUGAGCAGACACACCGAGGAGUGUAUGGAGUAGUGAGAGACGAGGAAGGCGACCCUAUCGAGAACGCGCGCAUUAGCAUAACAAACCGACGCCACGACGUCUUCACCGCAAAAGAUGGCGACUAUUGGCGCAUCCUAGUGCCAGGCUCCUACGAGGUGACAGUGUCCGCGCGGGGGUUUGAGCACGAAACUAAAGUAGCUAGCGUCAGUCCGUCCAAGGCGACGUCACUCGACUUCACACUCAAGAAAAUAAGAUACCGACAGAGACGACAAGUGGAUGACGACGAGGAUCCGAGGAGUGUCGCCGCUCGGGGGAAUCUUCGGGAGACUUUCGGAAGAGAAGAUGACACGAGGGGGAGACUAAGGAUCGCCGAUGACGAUGUGCGGGAUCAGGGGGAGGACAGUAGUGAUGUGGGGGAUGGGAGGGUGGGGUACACAGUGGAUAAAUGAUUCAUAACAACAGAGCAAAUGAUAUAGCACCAUUUAAGGAUGUCUUCACCAAUACGCUGUAUUGUACCUAUUUUAUCGGGAUCGCUUUGACAAAAGAAGUACCAUCCAUUAAGAGAAAAAUUAUUCCAUUUAUCAAAAUUGCAAACCAUGCAAAAGUACAUUUUUUUGUAUUUUUAGUGAGCCUUACAUUGUUGAAUGUAGUAAGGUACCUGAAAUAAAAGUGAAAUUCUUCUAUUAAAGUUAAGCAUUUUGUAUGGAA